AUGGUGUCCCACGGGAGGAUGACGUCAGCUAGUCUGGUCUACGUGCGCCAUUGCCUAACAAUGGCCGCCUGGAUGUUCCUGGUUCUACAGCAGCCCGUUGCAGAAUCACAAGAACUCAACACACCACCAGUAAUCAUCCUGCCGGAUCGGCACUGGCGUAUCCGUGAAAACACGACCAUAGGAACCAUCAUAACCCGUGUGAAGGCGGAGGACAACGAAGACGACAAGCUGGUGUUUGGCAUGGACUCCCUGGUCAACGGUCAAUAUCAGCCGUUCGUGAUCGAUCCCGACACGGGCUAUGUAACGCUGAACAGCAGCAUUGAAGGAUGGGCUGGGCAGAACUUCUUCGUCUACAUCACCGUAAGUGACGGCAUGGUCACAUCGAAGAACGAGGUGUACGUCAACAUCUUGAGUGCGAACGCGACCGAUGUGUACAAAAACAAAUUCACGCCCAACAUCGACACCAUACGAAACAUUCUGCCACCGGGACUUAAUUUGCCCGGAAUCGGCUCCAGACCCCCUCAGGUCCCUCUGCCACCACUGCCUCCGGAGUUCACAAGGCGUCCGCCGGUGACGGAGAAUCAUGAACCUGCGUACGAUGCUACACCGGCCUCGAUACCUCCCAAGCAGACUAAAACCUAUCCCGAUUCACCGCAAUCGACUUCGAACGGAACAGUUGUGGUCAAUGCACCUCCUGGUGAUAUCCACGAACACGUACCGAAUGGUACGAAAUUGUUCCCCACACUACAACACACUACCAGUGGCGCAUCGAGCACGUCGACACCAGCGACCCCUACGACGCAAAGGCAUCCGAGCACCACUUCAGCCGGCCCGAGCCACGGCCAUCCACAGGAGGAAGCGAACACGGUGAAGAUUCUGCUUCCGGUCAUCAUUUCCGUCGCGAUCAUCUUCGUCAGUGCGGGUCUGAUCGCGAUCUGCAUCUUCCGGAAGUACCUGUGCGCCAUCAGCAAGACGCUGAAGAAGAAGAACAAGAUCGAUAAAGCCAAAAAGUCAAACCAAAGCAAUCUCAGUAGCAACAUUACCUCGACGACCGAGGACAGCCGGAACUCGAUCGGGCUGAGCCACUGGAGUGGCCCGAUGGCGUUCAGCAAUCGGUACACGUCGCCCUGGGAGCGCGAGGCGGGCGGGCACCAGCAGGCCACCUCGCAGCUGUCGGAGGAAUCGAACGGCUCGAUCGUGAAGGACCGCUGGGAGUUUCCGCGCCACCGGCUAAAAGUGUUCAACAUCCUCGGGGAGGGUGCGUUCGGGCAGGUGUGGCGCUGCGAGGCCACCGACAUCGAGGGCCACGAGGGCGUCACGGUGACGGCGGUGAAGACGCUCAAAGAAAACGCCAGCGAAGCCGAACGCAGCGACCUGCUGUCGGAGCUGCAGGUCCUGAAGUCGCUCGAACCCCACAUCAACGUCGUCCGUCUGCUCGGUUGCUGCACCGAGAAGGAUCCGAUCUUCGUCAUACUCGAAUACGUCAACAUGGGCAAGCUGCAAACGUUCCUGCGAAAUUCACGGGUCGAAAAACACUAUGGAAAUACUCACGGCAAGUCCAAAAUUCUCACUUCCGGCGAUCUCACGUCGUUCAUGUUCCAGGUUGCGAGGGGCAUGGAUUUUCUCACCUCCCGUGGGAUUAUUCAUCGCGAUUUGGCCGCCCGUAACAUUCUCAUUACCGACGACCACACGUGCAAGGUGGCCGACUUCGGGUUCGCCCGGGACAUCGUCACGUCGAAGGUGUACGAGCGCAAGAGCGAGGGCCGGCUGCCGAUCCGGUGGAUGGCGACCGAAUCACUGUACGACAACAUCUUCACCGUCAAGUCGGACAUCUGGAGCUUCGGCAUACUGAUGUGGGAGAUUGUGACGCUCGGGUCCACGCCGUACCCGGGAAUUGCCGCCGCGGACGUCAUGCGCAAGGUACGCGACGGCUACCGUCUCGAGAAGCCGGAACACUGCCGCCGGGAGCUGUACAACAUCAUGUUCUACUGCUGGGCCGGCGAUCCGAACGAACGGCCCGGGUUUCCCGAAGUGGUCGAAAUGCUCGACCGGCUGCUGCAAACCGAGACCGACUACAUCGAACUGGAGCGGUUCCCCGAUCACAACUACUACAAUAUGCUCAACAUGAGCGGAGAGAAACUAUAG